AUAUAUACACAUCAAAAUGAACACAACAUCAUCAUCCAUCAAACACUUUGCUUUUCAUAUCCUACCCCUUAUAGCCUUAUACAACAUUCUUUGUAUAUUUCUCAAUCCAGGACAUUUUAUAUUGAGAAGCUUGCACACAUGACUCCAGCAAUGGUAGGAACUGGAGAGAGUGAUGAAUAUCAGAAAGGAGUGAAGCACCUUGUUGAGAAUGGCCUUCACAGUAUACCUAAAAAGUACAUACUUCCACCCUCUGAUCGACCUGGUACAAACUCAGAAGACUCUAAUGUUGCCAAGCAAAACCUUGAGCUACCUAUCAUUGAUUACUCUGAACUUCUUGGUCCAAAGAGGCAACAAGUCCUUCAAUCCCUGGCCAAUGCUUGUGAAGGGUACGGUUUUUUUCAGCUGAUAAACCAUGGUAUCUCAGAUGAUGUUAUCAGCAGCAUGAGGGAUGUGAGUGGAAAGUUCUUUGAUCUUCCUUUUGAGGAAAGAGAAAAGUACAUGACAACUGAUAUGAGUGCACCUGUUCGAUGUGGAACUAGUUUCAGCCAAACCAAAGACAGUGUGUUAUGUUGGAGGGACUUCUUGAAACUUCUCUGUCAUCCUUUACCUGAUUUCCUCCCCCAUUGGCCUCAUUCCCCCUUAGACUUCAGGAAAGUGGUGGCUACAUACGCAGAAAAAACCAGACACUUGUUCCUGAUGUUGAUGGAAGCCAUUGAAGAGAGUUUAGGAAUCAUCGAAGGAAAAGACAACAUUCGAAGAGAGUUGGAAGAUGGGAGCCAGAUGAUGGUGUUCAACUUCUAUCCACCAUGCCCUCAACCUGACCUAACCUUGGGGAUGCCCCCUCACUCUGAUUAUGGAUUCCUUACACUCCUUCUUCAAGACCAGGUGGAGGGUUUGCAGGUACACUUCCAAGAUCAAUGGUUAACUGUUCAACCUAUCAACAACGCUUUUGUUGUCAAUGUUGGUGAUCACCUAGAGAUAUACAGCAAUGGAAAGUACAAGAGCGUGUUGCACAGGGUCAUGGCUAAUGCAGAGAAGAAUAGAACAUCAGUGGCUUCUCUCCAUAGCCUUCCUUUCAACUGUACUGUGAGACCGUCACCAAAACUCAUUGACCAUGACAAUCCCAAACGUUACGCAGACACCAAUUUUCAUACUUUUCUUGCAUACGUUACCACCAGAGAGCCCAAGAGAAAGGAUUUUCUUGACUCCAGGAAAUUGACUUCACCAUGCGUAGAAGGAGAAGAUAAAGAAAUAAAAUAAUUUUUGUCAUUAGAUUAUUAUUGGAAUUAUAUAUAUAAAUUGAAGUGCCAUGGCACACGAAGAUCUGUGUAACAUAUUAUUAGUAUUAAUUUUGAUAUUGUAGGACACUUUGAUUGCCACUGAUCA